CAUUUCGUUACAUGCCGCCUCUUUGGAAGCAGGCUACAUUUUGGCAUUCCAAUAGUAAAACUUUCACAGUUCACCAACUCUUUUAAUAAAAUUCCUAUAACUGCAAAAAAAAAGUAUAUUUCCCCGAGAAUGGUUAACAUACAUGGUGGCACUCGGAUGAUGGUGAACCGCUGCAUCGAGCUCCUUCGUGCGCGGAUCGAAUGCGCCUCCACGCGUCACAUCGCCAGGCGGUACCAGCGUCCCAGGGAUCAGGUUAAGGUGGGCAGUCAAUACCUGCCGGACGAUCAGAUACUCAGGGAGCGGGAGAAAGCGGAUGUGUACAAGAAGAACAAGCGACGCUCCAUGUGGGAGCAGGACGAGGGCCACGGCGGACGCAUCUCCGCCGGUGAGGAUCAGGAGCGCUUCGAUAACGAGCAAUACCAUCCGCGGGAACUGGAGCAGCGCAACUACGAGUGCACUUGGGUCAAUUUCCCGGAGAGUGUGGCCACCAAGCAAAAUCGCAGGCGGGACUUCCUGGAAACGAUGGGCACUACUGAGGCUCCCCGACGUCGCCGAACUCAGGGUGACCGACCGAGUACGGCAAAACCAUGUGACGACGAGGCGCGCGCCUUUAUCAACCAAUGGGACACCAAUGCGGCAAUGAUCCAGCGCAACAAAUUUGUUCGUUCCACCGAUUGCUGUCCACCACCCAUUGUAUCUCUCCGGAUGUCGGACGCCUAUAGCACCCGUAAACGCCAAUUCCUAUAUUAAUCCGUUUUUAUCCACAUCAGAAAUUCAAGCGAUUGCUCAACUCAGUAGCCUGAUCAAAUUGAUAGUGUCCAAGGCAUCAGAUUUUAAUGCGUCCAAAUCCGAAAAUGUUGUACUGUGUCUGUAGUCCAGAUGUGAUUUUUGUUGCUAAUAAAACAUUUAAGUGCA